GCUCCUUUUGGUUAACUUGGGAAACCGAAUCACACUGGUGAAAGCUGACGUUUAUGUGGCUCCUUGAGUUCUUACAUUUCUUUGCGCAAAUAAGGAUAAUGCUGGUGAAUUACAAAACUAUGGACUAAAUAUUGCGUAUACUCACUCCAGAAACGAUGCAAGUAAAAAAAAAAAAUACGAAGACGAUUUAAUAUCUAGGACACAUUAUGUAACCUAUGUGAAGGUGUAUUUCAUGCUGUAACACAAUUACAGUAUACGCUUCCGCCUUUAUAUUGGAGAUUAGCACUAUUGUCAUUGAUCUCGGGUUAUCAUUUUAAGCAUUUUGAACGAAGAUUCGUUCCGGAGCUGAAUGAGCCGUCUCACCAAAAAUACUCGGAAUGCACAUACCUAUUUCUACGGGAUUUACAGCGGAAUUUGAAAUGUCACCACCCCUUAAAAACAUGUUGAAUGUAAGGCAACACCCAUUAUUAAAGCAAGGAAGUAGGUUUACGAAUUAACACCUGCGAGGAGUGACUUGGUCGUUUUCAGCUGAACAUCAUGUCUAUGGUUGAAUUUCACAGGGCAGCAGAAGAGUUAAAGGGUCUGCCGGUACUACCUACCUACGCUGAACUAGCUGUGGUGUACGGUUUGUACAAGCAGGUGACGAUAGGAGACGUCAACAUUGAACGCCCUGGAAUAUUUGACUUCCAAGGAAAAUCUAAAUGGGAUGGGUGGAAGGCACAGGAAGGAAAGCCCAAAGAAGAUGCCAUGAAAGAAUAUAUUGCUUAUGUGGAAAACCUGAAAACAAAGUAUCUAAUGUAAAAAAUAUGUUUAGGACCCACGUCAUUUUUUUAACAAAGAAUAAUUACAUACACAUCGACAAUGAACCAUAUUAAGCAGGAUUGUGUGUAAUUUUCUACUGUUUUGAAGACCACUUGAAAGAAGUUUAGCCCAUUGAAGAAUUGUUGCCUUUCAUUUGGGCAUUUGUUUCAGACAUUUUCAAAUGUGUGAGAAUGCUGUUGGUGCAACAGAAAU